CAGCAUGUUUCUGAAGACAGGCUUCUUGUUUCUUCUUGCUGUGUUUUGGCCCCUGGUGAGGUGCGGGCCCCAGACUCAUCUCCACGAGAACAUCACGGAUCAGGAGCUGUUUUGGGGGGCUGACCAGUACGAUUUCUCAGUGGUCCUCCCCGCGUCAGGGCUCGAGUGCUUUUGGCAUUUUGCUCAUGUGGGAGAAAUCUUCUACCUCAACUUCAUGGUGCAGUGGGUGACAGGGGUGGGCCAUGACAGGCACCUGUCAGUCACAGUGAACGCUCCUGGAGGUCUGCUGCUCAACACUGUGGAUGACGCUACAGGACAGAUCCGCUUUGAGGCAAAGGAGACUGGUUUCUACCAGAUGUGCUUCAGUAACUUCCACAACCGUUUCGGGAUGAUGCAGGUCUUCUUGAGUUUCGGGGUGCACUAUGAUGGCUACGAGGACUCCGCCCAAAAGAAGGAAGAGGAGAAGAAGAAGAAAGAGGAAGUCAGCAAGGACCUCAACAACACUCUUAGCAUCAUUGAGGACGCCACACACAAAGUGGAGACCUAUGUUUUCCACAUGUUUCGCUACUACACGUACACCCGCAUGAAGAAGAGUGCAGACUACUACCUGCUGCUGUCUAACUCUGACUAUGUGUCGUGGAUGUCCCUGGCCCUCAGCCUCCUCAUCCUCACCUCGGGAUACCUGCAGCUGCUCUUCCUCAAACGCCUCUUCAUCACCAAGGAAACGCAGCUGGAGGAGAAGCCGCGCUGCUGAGAAAUACAUAUACGUAUAUAUUCAAAUCUGCAUGGGGUCUAGAUUUGAAUAUAUAAUGAUAUUUUGUGCUAUUCCUUGUUCUCUAAAUAAUGUUUGAAAAAACACUGAUUUGAAAGUUGAAACGUAGAAGAAAACAGAAAAGGGUUCAAAGGUCAUCUGGGCACUGUUUUGAGUCCGCCCUUGAUAAAUAAGAUGUUCAUCUGUUACAAACCACAGACUGUGUAACUGUUGGAUUUGUUUAACUUCCUGUUGG